GGCUCGGCGUCAGCUGAUCGUAGUUACGUAGUUCGGUUCACGCGGUCGUGUCGUCCAGUGGGUCGUUUGCUCGAAAUCUUUCAACAAUGAGUGCUUCGAAGAUGCCGGAUAGUGAAUAUCACGACUAUCGCAGCCCUUUAUCGACCCGGUAUGCUUCCAAGGAGAUGCAGUACAAUUUCAGUGACCAAAAUAAAUUCAGUACGUGGCGCAAACUCUGGAUCUACUUGGCUAAGGCUGAAAUGGAACUCGAUUUGGCCAUCAAACCGGAACAGAUCGCCGAGAUGGAGGCUCACGUCGACGACAUCGACUUCAAAGCAGCCGCUAAGGAAGAAAAGAAGACAAGACACGAUGUGAUGGCCCAUAUUCAUGUAUUUGGUGAACAGUGUCCACUAGCUGCACCCAUCAUCCAUCUUGGCGCAACCAGCUGCUACGUGGGCGAUAAUACGGACCUCCUGAUUCUCCGCCAAGGUUUCGACAUAUUGCUUCCAAAAUUAGCCAAUGUGAUUCGCCGACUCUCUCAAUUCGCUCUCAAAUUUAGAAGUGAGCCUACUUUGGGAUUCACUCAUCUUCAACCCGCACAGCUGACGACAGUUGGCAAAAGGGCGACGCUGUGGCUGCAGGAUUUGCUGAUGGACGAAAGGGCUAUCCGUCGUGCCAGGAACGAUCUCAGAUUCCGCGGAGUCAAGGGCACUACUGGCACUCAAGCGUCUUUCCUUCAGCUCUUUAAUAACGAUGGGGAGAAGGUGAAGCAACUAGACGCUCUUGUCACCAAGAUGGCUGGUUUCGAGAAACAUUACACCGUUACCGGGCAAACGUACAGCAGAAAAGUCGACAUCGAGUGUUUGAACGUGCUGAGUUCGCUCGGUGCAACCGUUCACAAGAUUUGCACGGAUAUCCGUCUUCUCGCAAACAUGAAGGAAAUCGAAGAGCCGUUCGAGAGUACGCAAGUCGGCUCGAGUGCGAUGCCGUACAAACGUAAUCCGAUGCGCUCUGAGAGAUGCUGCAGCAUAGCGCGUCACCUGAUGACUUUGGUGAACAACGUUCUUCAAACCGCGGCUACCCAGUGGAUGGAACGAACAUUGGACGACUCGGCAAAUCGACGGAUCACCCUGGCGGAAGCUUUCCUAUCGGCCGACACGAUCCUAAUGACCCUCCAGAAUAUUACGGAGGGCCUAGUCGUUUAUCCCAAAGUUAUUGCUAAGCACGUGGCGCAGGAACUGCCCUUCAUGUCUACGGAGAAUAUAAUAAUGGCCAUGGUGAAAGCCGGCGGCGACAGGCAGGUUUGUCAUGAGAAGAUUCGCGUGUUAUCGCACGAAGCUGGAGUGCAGGUGAAGCAAUACGGCAUGGACAACGAUCUCGUCAAGAGGAUCAAAGAAGAUCCGUAUUUUGCACCGAUUUUACCCCAACUUUCUUCACUUUUGGACCCUUCGAGCUUCGUCGGUAGAGCGCCCGAACAAGUCAAAGAGUUCCUCGAGCAAGAGGUCGAUCCUGUACUCGCAAACUACAAAGGAUUGGAAAGUGGAUCUGUUGAACUUGAUAUUUGAUCUUCAAGGAAGGGGUCUGAUGGUGUUAGUGAAAUCUCUUCCUGUUCUCUCCAAAAAAUUCUGCUAUGUGUAACGUCACAUUUUCACUCAAGAACAGACACGAUUGGUUUUCAGCUAGAAUUUUUUGGUGAUAAGAAGUAUGCGUACAAAUUUAUUCGUCGUUAAUAUUUCUUACAACUUGAAUAAAAUUACAGAAAAAUAAACCGCACUGUUCACUGCA